AGGGAGUCCCAGAAGCAACUCUAAAGUAAGCCACAGAACCGGCAAAUUUGUAUGUAAGUUUCCCUGCAACCAAAUAAGGAGAAAAACUUCUGAGCAUUUUGAGCAAGUAAGAAUGGGAGAAGGAGAAGAAACCAAAACCAGGGAGGAGCCCAAAGUUGAGAUUCAGGAAAGGGGAGAGAUAUUUUUCUUCUACAGGCCCAAGGUGAAUCAUGAUGAGGCCCACAGUGUAGAUGAGGUGCAGAGACUGUACAUUGUUCUGAGGCCCGAGUCUGGAGAGAGGGAGGAGGAGGAAAAGCAGUCCUCUGACUCUGGCAAAGAGGGUGCUUUCAACAAAUCUGAAACUACUGAAGAAGCCCAACAAGAAUCUCAUGCUGAUGAUGAAAAGGAGGAGGAAAAGAAGAAGGAAGGAGGGAAGGGAAUUGAGAAAGUGAACAUUGUAAAGAAGCCAUUAAUGAGGUUCAUAGUGAUGGGCCGCAAGAGCCUUCCUGAUACCUCCAAGAGGAGUCGUCCUUACUGGGGAUUUGUGGAAAUCGUCACAACAAAACCUGAAGACAUAAAAAAAGCUCUUUCUGAAGAACAAUAUGAGACAGCCACCAGAGGAACCAGAGUGAAACCAGCUGCAAGGCCUCUUGCAGAGGGAGUUUACCGUAUACUGCGACACUACCCUACUAGUGAAGGUAAGGGAAAGGCAAUGCAUACUCAUCUGGUAUACAAGCUGGAGCUCCCUCUUCCCGAAGAAAAACACGAGCCUCAAGACUCAAUGAAUGUUGAACCAGAAGGGUCUCUGAUCAUACAAAUAAAGAACCCUGAGCAGGCUGCACCUCCAAAUGCAGGCCUUCAGAGCAAACGAAAGGCAACCUUCCCUGCGCACUUACAGGGCCAGAUUGGGUCUCACCGUUUUGUUGCUGCCGAUCCUCCUGAUUUUCUCAACUAUGAGGGUUGUGAGUUCAUUCUCAUUUCUGCCUCUGAUAACAUUGAUGCAGAGCUUGGAUUGGAUGUUAAACCAGAGGACAUGACAGAUGAGAAUUACAAGUCUUGCUCUGAUCUUGUCAAUAUGUUUGGGGAAAUCUCUUCCAUCAAGCCUCUGAUAGAGGGUACUUGGGCUUAGUUUUUUGCAUUGCUAUAUAGCCAGUGAAGGAGUUGAUUAGAGAUUUGAAUUUUGAUUUUGUUUUUGGAAACAUCUUCAGUUAAGAUGGACCAUACGUUGAUACCUGUUUAGUAUUGUUGAUGUACAGCCCCAGCACUUAUCUGCAUUAGGAUAUAUGUUAUAUCUUUUUACCCUGUUAGUAAUGGUUUUUGUGCUCGUCUAUAAUCAAAUGGGAUGGCCCAUUUUUUUGCUCAAUUACUGUAUGAAACAUAUGUUGUAAACACAAAUCUUUAUGUGUUAAUGAUCAAAGAUAUGAAGAUUGGUAUUACAAUUU